AAACAAUCAGCUGCUGCUGCAGUUGUUGCUGUUGCCCCGGGUUGCGGCGUUUGUGCCACUUUGAAUGGCGCGGGGCUUGCAGCGCCUGGUCAGCUUCAUGGGUUUCGUCGCUUAAAUUGAUUCUCUGGACUCGGUCACAACCCACAUUUUCGUGCUGCCCUGCUCUUACCUCUGCUGUAUCAGCCCCAUUACAGCCCUCAUCCCAGCGCUGCCAACGUCUCAGCGCUGCCCUCACCCCAGCGCUGCCCUCACCCCAGCGCUGCCCCCUGUCUCGGCGCUGCCCUCACCGGGAGCAAGAAGCAGCAGGUCCCAUGGCGCACGCGGCCUCACUGUCGUCCAUGGACUUCGAGGUGUUUGGCAAGGUGCAAGGUGUCUUUUUUAGAAAGCACACGAGGCAGGAGGCGAUGCGGCUCGGCCUGGUGGGCUGGGUGCGCAACACUGAGCGGCACACGGUGGAGGGGCGUGCGCAGGGCCCGCCAGACCGCACAGAGCAGCUGAAGGUGUGGCUGAACACCAAAGGCAGCCCCAAAAGCCGCAUCACCCGCGCCGAAUUCUCGUCGGAGCGAACCGUGGAGAAGGCAGAGUACAGCGACUUCCGCGUCGUCAAAUAGACGCCGUGAGGGGCCGGAUCUCCCCUCCCCUCUAUCCACAGGGUCCUUAUAACCCUGGCUAACAGCAUGCACCGUUUUGUCAUUACGACUUAAUAAGGUUAGGGACUGCGGUGCCGGCUUAGAGCCCUAACCCAGCCCAACGUGAGGCUAAACCUGGUCAGGGCAGUGGUUCGAGCCUGGUCAUUAACUCAACCCCUAACUCAGCCCAACGGGAGGCUAAACCAGGUGAGCGCUGUGGGUUCAGCUGUAGCCCAGAUAUUAAACCUCAACCCAGCCCAGCACACGGUUAAACUGGGCGAGGGCUGUGGUUCUUAGCCAGGCCUCACGAGAGGUGGAGAAUGGAGCUACCGGGGUACCGGGCUACCGGGCUACCGGGACCCUCCCCAGGACAAGAUUGUUUAAUUUAUUUUGAUUUACAUGAUGUGGGCCCCUAGUAAAGUGGAUGUACUGGGGCCCCUGGUUCUAACCCUGACUUUUUAACUCUAAGCCUAGCCCAGCCCAACAAGGAAGCAAAAACAAACCAACUAGGUUAGGGCUGAGGAUCUAUCCAUGACCAUGACUCUAACCCGCACACAGUCAAAUAGCAAGGCUAAAUCUCAAUUAGGUUAGGGCUAUGGUUUUAGCUCUGGUCAUGCCCCUUAAGCCUCGCCCCAAGUAAGGCUAAACCACACAGUUACUGGCUCCUGAAUUAAUAUCUAUACCUCAACAUCAUGCAUCUUCUGCCUCACAGUAACACGUGCAAUUUUACAUCCACACUCAGCCCUGACCGUGAGUUGUACAAUUAAUGCUUGGACACUGCCUGGUUUGUUCUAACAAAAAAAGGUGAGAGAAAGGCAGACGUACCAUACACACAGGGAUUGUGCAAUGUUUUCAGCAUGCGUUUUGUUUAGCAGCAGCAGCGAAGUCGUGCGUAGCUGUGGGCUUAAAAUACAUUUACGUGAAUUUGCUGUGGGUUGGGUCUCCCAGGGUUUGGGCAACCCUUUUACUCAACGUAGCCAGUAUUCUCUGGUGUAAGUCCGUAAUAGCAACACAACUCUUAGCUUUACUCAACGUGGCCAGUAUUCUCUGGUGUAAGUCUGUAAUAGCAACACAACUCUUAGCUUUACUCAACGUGGCCAGUAUUCUCUGGUGUAAGUCUGUAAUAGCAACACAACUCUUAGCUUUACUCAUCGUGGCCAGUAUUCUCUGGUGUAAGUCCAUAAUAGCAACACAACUCUUUGCAUUAUUCAUCGUGGCCAGUAUUCUCUGGUGUAAGACCAAUCCAUCAAUCAUCAUUUACUGUCAUCAAUUUCGCUUUCACUGAAUUCACGCAUCACAGGUGUUCCCAUUGCUUCCACUCAUCUAUUUCAUUCACCUCAUCUCGCCCAUUACAUUCACACGUUGUACCGAUGUUAAUUCAUUGUAAAGCGCCUUGGUUAAGGCGCUGUAUAGAUUCCGUUAAGAUAGCAACACGACUUUUAGCUAAAGUUCGGUUCGUAUUUGAUCAUCGUUACGAGAGUUGUGAUCUCUACCAUCCUGCCCCAGCACCCCCCACUUCCCCGUAAUGGACAGACAGAGAUAACGCAUAAACGCCUUCAUCGCCAGCUGGAAAAUGGGAAUGAAUGCGCACAGCUAUAAAAGCAAACAGGCUGAGACUUUACUUCAGCUGGUAAAGCUAAUUGAGCUAAACAGCUUAUUAAGGACGACCACAACCGAACGGUGUUGGUCAUGGCGGCGGUUACAGGACAUUGCACUUGAAUAGUUAAAUAUAGAGCUAUAGCGUUACAUGGAGAACCAUAGAGUUACAUGGAGAACCAUAGUUAUGUCGAGAUCCAGAGAUCCACAGAGCUACAUAGAGAUCCAUAGAGUUACAUUGACAGCCAUGAAACUACAUAGAGAGCCAUGGAGCUACAUGGAGAGCCAUAGAGUAACACAGAUUCAGUGACACAGAUUCAUAGAGUUACAAAGAGACUCGUAGAGUUACACACAGACUUAUUUCAGACGGUAAGGCCCAUGAAGCUCAAUGGUUGUGUUACAAAGACGACCACAGGCCAAGGCCGCCUUUGUUAGUGAGCAAAGACAACUUGAAAAUCUGCCCCAAGUGUGCGUGGCCUGACUUUAUUUAUUAUGUAUUCAUUCCCUCUCGGUGGCUCUUAACAAUAUUUGCUUUCAGUGCCUCGUCAUAUAUUCCCAGGGCCAUUGUCUCCAACGCAAAAGAUGGCGCGCUGCUCGCUCUGCUCAGAAAAACCCACCGUGAACUCCGGCUAGUGGGCGGCCUGAGCCGCUCGGCCUGCGUCCUCGAUCCGCUGCGAGCGGCCGGCCCAGCUGUGCUCGGAGAAAGAGCAAUCGGCUCGCGAACCCAAGGGGGAUCAGCAACCAA